AAAUACUCCCAUCACACCUUUUUUUUUUUUUUUAAUCUUUUGUUCUUUUCACUCUUUUCAAGAUUUUCAAAUUUUAAGUAAACAAAGUGUAUUAGUAGAUUGUGGAGUAUUUGGAUGAUGAGUGAAGGACAUAAAGAGAAAAUCAUGGCUGAGGUUGUUGAUAAUGAUGAAAAAAUUGGUGUUUGUGAAAAAGAAUUUGUCAUUUCAACACCUAAGAUCGAGAGGUCAUCCAUGAUUACUGAAGAAACAACACAUGCUAAACAUUGGAGGAAACCAAACCUAUCAUUGGACAUACCUUCAAGAACGUUAGACGCCUCUCCUCAAGAGUUAGUUCAGAUUAAAAGACCAUUCACGCCUACACCGAAGAGGGUGAAUUUCCUUUUGACACCCAGUACUUGUGAUUCAAGAAUAACUACUUCAUCACCUGGUCCCUCCCCGUGUCGUGGAAAAUCAACUAUUAGAAACCUUUUCCCUAAACUGAGCUUGAAAUCACGUAUGAAUUCGGAUACAGAGAAGAUAACUGUCCCAGAUUCAGGUCCAGCUGCUGCAGUUGUGCCACAACAAGAGAAGGUAUCCAUUUCAAGGUCAUGGUCACUUUCUAAAAUGUUUACGCCUCGUAUCAAGAGGACCUCGUCUUUGCCCGUUACACCAAUUGCUCAUUCAAAUCCAGAGUCUAUUAGUGGAAGCAUGAGCAACUCUCUAACACUUGGUACAAAGGAAACACAUGUGUGCAUUUCACGAUCGAUGUCUUUACCAGUCAUUAACAAAGAAAAAGAGGGAAGCAAUAGGAGAGUAGAAUUUUUCUUUCGAGUUAUUCCUUCAACGCCUCAAGUGAAGGAUGUGGAUUCUUCCUCAGUUCCAGCUACGAGUCCAGCGAAAGUACCUGAGGAUAAUGAGCAGGGUGGUGAAGAUAUACCAGAAGAGGAAGCUGUUUGUCGAAUUUGCCUAGUUGAGUUGUGUGAAGGCGGAGAGACACUUAAGAUGGAAUGCAGCUGCAAAGGCGAACUUGCUUUGGCUCAUCAAGAAUGUGCUUUAAAAUGGUUUAGUAUUAAAGGUAACAAGACAUGUGAUGUGUGCAAACAAGAAGUCAAGAAUCUCCCCGUUACACUCUUGCGUAUGCAAAGUGUUCGAAAUGCAAAUGCAGGAUCCAAUAGGUUCAGACAUAUGGAAUUAAAUGGACACAGGGUUUGGCAGGAAUUACCAAUUCUUGUCAUUGUCAGCAUGCUUGCCUACUUUUGUUUUCUUGAGCAGCUACUGGUUGGGAAAAUGGGUACCGGUGCAAUUGCUAUUUCACUUCCCUUUUCUUGUGUACUAGGCCUACUCGCGUCAAUGACAUCUUCAACUAUGGUUAAGCGAAGGUUUGUUUGGGUAUAUGCAUUGGUCCAAUUCGCCCUAGUAGUACUAUUUGCACAUAUCUUCUACUCUUUGGUUCGCGUGCAACCAGUUCUUUCGAUUCUGCUAUCAACAUUUGCUGGCUUUGGAGUUGCAAUGAGUGCAAGUUCGUUACUCGUUGAGUUCUUUAGAUGGAAAAGGCGACGAGCAGCCUUGUUAGAACAGCAGCAAAAUGCAGAGAUGAUUUUGCCUCCAGGAGGAUGGCCACAGAUGAAUCAACCUGCUACAACGUCUCGUGUAGGUCCUCAAAAUCAUCAGCACGAUAUAGAAAAUCCCGAGACGUUUAGUUGGAGCUAGAUUGUGUCUUAUGUUACUGUUAUAGCCAAAAAAGAGUUGAGUGAUUUGUUCAUACAGAGUUGUGGAGAUUGAUGUUUAGUACAAAUUAGAAGUUUAUUGUGUUCUACUACAGGAAAAACAGAAAUAGUUGAUGUUGUUGUUUGUAUUGCUGAAAGAAUAUGUAAAAAGUGAAAUGCAUAUAUAAGUAGAAGAGAGUAUAGAAAGGUGUUUU